UAUUGACUUUGUAUAUGAAGCUUCUGGAACUUUUCCGCUUACUGAGAUAUAACUUGGCUCAAAUCGUACUGCAUAUAGUAUAUAGCACACAGGUGCCUGACCGAAGCUUGAGAAUUACUGGAGUCCUCUGGAAAGACAAAUUUGAACUACAGUGGGAGUUCUAUCUAGGAAGAUGCAGACUCUGAAAGAGUUGAUGGCCAUCUCAAAUCCUCAAAACCUAGCUGUAUGUGAACAAAGUGAGGUCCUGAGAGCAGAUGUGUCUUGGCAGAAGGAAGCCAUCCAAAUAAUGGAGAUGUAUGACUCUGAGGCCUCUCGCCAAAAGUUCAGACAGUUCCAGUAUCUAGAAGUGGCUGGGCCUCAUGAAUCCCUAAGCCAGCUCUGGAAGCUCUGCGUUCAGUGGCUGAGACCAGAGAUUCAUACAAAGAAUCAGAUCCUAGAGUUGUUGGUGCUGGAACAAUUCCUUACAAUCCUUCCUGAAGAGGUCAGGACUUGGGUGAAAUUACAACAUCCGAAGAGCAGUAAAGAGGUGGUGACUCUCUUGGAGGAUGUGAUUGAAAUGCUUAAAGAUGAAGAUUUACCCUGGAAGGAUUCUGUCCUCCAAAAGGAGAGCAUCAAGGAGGAAGAAAUGGAAGCUGACUCACUAACAGGCAAAUCCCAGGAACCAGUGACAUUCAAAGAUGUGGUUGUGGAAUUCAGCGAGGAAGAGUGGGGACAGCUGGACCCUGCUGUAAAGAGCCUGUACAGGGAUGUGAUGCUGGAGAACUACAGGAACCUGAAUUCAUUGCGUAAAGGGCAUCUACUUUCCAAACCAGUUGAGAUUUCCAAGUUGGACAGUAAGAAAAAACCACAGAUAAUGGAGGGAGAAAUCCCAAGAAGGACUGUUUUUGACAGGGAGACUAUUUCAGAAAACCAAGAUUCAAUUCCAAAGCAGAGGAUUUCCGGAGAAGAAUCAUCCCAUGAAGUGAUUAUGACAAGUAGACUCUCUUCCUUAGAUGCCUGGAAAGAUGAUAGUUGCUUAUACAGAAACCAGGAAAGUCAGGACAUAUAUUUGCCACAAGAAACUUUCAUUCAGAAGGCAAUCCACACUGAGGAGAGAGACUUUAAAUGUGCUGAAUAUGAGAAAAGCUUUAAUGUUAAGUCAUUUAACUCUAUUUGUGAUAUACAACAGGGAAUGCCUAUGAGAAAGGGAUUCCCAAAGUGUAACAAAUUUAAAACCAACUUCAAAUUUAAUUUAGACUCAAUAGGUAAGCAACAUUCAGAAUAUAAUGAAUGUGGGAAUACCUCGAACCAGAGUACAGAUACUAUUCAACACCAAGAAACUCAUACCACCAUGAAUUCCUAUGAAUGUUAUCAAUGUGGGAAAGCCUUCAGCCGGAGUUCAUCCCUUAUUCGACAUCAGGUCAUUCACACAGGAGAAAAACCAUAUAAAUGCAGUGAAUGUGGGAGAUUCUUCAACCGACGUACAAACCUUAAUAGACAUCAGAAAAUUCAUACUGAAGCAAAGAUCUAUGAAAGUAAUGGAUGUGGAAACACCUUCAGUAAGAAUGAAGAUGGUGAAAAUCAAAUACUCCGUUCUGGAAAUAAUCCCUAUGAAUGUGUUGACUGUGGAAAAUCCUUCAACCGGAGCUCCUCCCUUAUUCGACAUCAAAUGAUUCAUACAGGAGAUAAAUCAUUCAAAUGUAAGGAGUGUGAGAAAACCUUUUUCAGGAGACCAAACCUUAUUAAACACCAAAAACUUCAUGUUUGAGAG